AUGUCUGCUCAAGGGGGUGAUCAUGUUGAUCAAGAUCCCUUGGGAGCUGAAAUGCUUCGACCUCUCAGGGACUAUUUGCACCCUCCGAGGCAAACUACUCCAUCUUGCAUUGUACUUCCAGUUAACCAUCAUAGAUUCAACUUUAAACCGGGUACCAUUCAGAUGUUACCUACUUUUCACGCAUUAACAAAGAAGAUGGAAGAAUUAGAGUUAAAAAAAAACAAGGCCGUCCAUGAGGUGGAAGUUCUUUGCGUGGUUUGUGAGACGAAUGGCCAUAUGACAGAAGAUUGUCCUACCAUUCCUGCUUUUAAAGAGGUCCUCUAUGGCCAAGCAUCUGGAGCACAACCACGUCAGACAGAGGGUAGGCCUUAUCAGAAUCAGAAUCAGAGUGGGAACUAUUUAGGGUACAAUCCUAAUUCCAAUACAUACCACCCCAACUCCCGUAAUCACCCUAAUUUUUCAUGGAGAAAUGAUUCUGCCGCCCAACCCCAUGCACCAUUCCCCUCACAGCCACAGUCUUACCAACCAAACCAAGGGUCAUCUGGUGCAUAUCAACCUCCUCAUAAGAGAUCUCUAGAGGACACCUUACAACAAUUCAUGCAAGGUCAAAUAGGAACUAAUACCCAAGUAGCCAAGUUUCAAGAACAAACAAAUAGGGCUCUAGAAGACAUGAGAAGUCAGCUAACUAAGUUGACUCAGACCUUGAGUGUUAGAGAACCAGGGAAGUUUCCCUCACAACCAAGUCCGAACCCCGUAGGUCAAGCCCAUAGAGCCGAAGGGUCAUCUAGUGAGAAUCAUGAACAAGUCCAGUCUGUCACUGUCCUUAGGAGUGGGAAAGUAAUUGAGAAACCUAAGGACCCUAGGACAAUUAAAGAGGGUAAAAAGAAAGCUGAGAAGGAAGAAAGAGAGCAAGAGAGAAAGCAAAAGGAAAAAGGGAAGAGUGUUGAAGAGAGAUCCAAAUUUGAACCUCGACCACCCUUUCCCAAAAAAUUAACCCAAUCAAAAAGAGAUAAAACAAAUGCAGACAUAUACGAAGUAUUAAAACAAGUAAGGAUAAACAUUCCUUUAUUGGAUGCAAUUAAGCAAACACCUUCGUAUGCUAAGUUUUUGAAGGAUCUCUGUACAGUCAAAAGAAAAAUCAAUGUGCGGGAAAAAGCAUUCUUGACGGAACAAGUAAGUGCUAUCCUUCAAUUUAAGACCCCUCCAAAGUACAAGGACCCAGGGUGUCCUACCAUUGCUUGCAUAAUUGGAAUCCAAAAAGUUGACCAAGCACUUCUUGACCUAGGGGCUAGUGUCAAUCUAUUGCCUUUCAGUGUCUAUCAGCAACUAGGGUUAGGAGAACUCAAGCCCACUAGGGUCACUCUUCAAUUGGCUGACCGAUCAGUAAAAGUUCCUCGUGGGAUUGUGGAGGAUGUCCUAAUCCAAGUGGACAAAUUCUAUUUCCCAGUGGACUUUAUUGUCUUAGAUACCCAGCCCCACCAGGGUCCUCAGUCACCUAUUCCCGUUAUCCUAGGGAGACCAUUCCUUGCUACUUCGAAUGCAAUCAUCAAUUGUAGGAAUGGGAUCAUGAAACUAUCAUUUGGGAAUAUGACGGUGGAGAUGAAUGUUUUCAAGGUAACUAAGCAACCAAAUGACGAAAUGGAAUUGGAGGAAGUUGAUUUAAUCCAGACCUUAAGUGAAGAAUACUUUGAGGAGGCUCUUUAUGAGCAGGUUAUUUAUAAAUUAGAGAAGCAAACUUCGAAAGGGAUAGAGCCUGACGUUGAGUCAGCCAGGGUGAUCACACAACUGAUGCUUGGCCUAGAGCCAUUGAAAUUACCUGGGAAUGAAACCACACCAUCUUUGGUUCGCCCACCCCAACUUGAGAGAAAACCAUUGCUGAAUCACCUUAAGUACGCAUUCUUAGGUGAAAGGGAGUCUUUGCCAGUAGUGAUUUCAUCAAGCCUAGAAUUGCAUCAAGAGGAAGCAUUACUAGAUCUCCUCAGAAUGCACAAAAAAGCUAUAGGAUGGUCUAUCUCUGACCUACAUGGCAUUAGCCCCCUCACCUGCACCCAUAGGAUAUUCUUAGAGGAAAAUGCGAAACCUGUAAGGCAAAUGCAAAGGCGUUUGAACCUGAACAUGAAAGAAGUUGUCCGGGGAGAGGUUCUUAAACUGUUAGAUGCAGGUAUCAUCUACCCCAUCUCAGAUUCCAAAUGGGUCAGUCCGACUCAAGUUGUACCUAAGAAGUCAGGAGUCACUGUGAUAGCAAAUGAGAACAAUGAGCUCAUCCCUAUGCGACACAUUGUUUCUUCUAAGGGUAUUGAGGUCGAUCAGUUUAAGGUUGAAUUAAUUCAAAAAUUACCCGCCCCAAAGAAUGUGAGGGAUGUUAGGUCUUUUCUUGGCCAUGCUGGUUUUUAUAGGCGCUUUAUUGCUUCAUUCAGUGCCAUAGCCAAACCUUUAUGUCGCCUUUUAGUCCUAGACAUGCCCUUUGAGUGGACCAGUAAGUGUCAAGCUGCUUUUGAGAAAUUAAAAAACUCACUUGUUUCUGCACCUAUCAUUCAGUCCCCUGAUUGGUCCCUACCAUUUGAGCUGAUGUGUGACGCCAGUGAUUACGCGAUAGGAGCCGUGUUAGGGCAAAGGAAAGACAAGAAACCUUAUGUGAUAUAUUAUGCUAGCAAAACUCUUAAUGAGGCUCAAAAGAACUACACCACUACAGAGAAAGAGUUGCUAGCAGUUGUCUACGCCCUAGACAAAUUUCGGUCUUACCUCGUGGGGUCACUGGUGAUUGUUUUUACUGACCAUGCUGCUCUUAAAUAUUUAUUAACAAAGCAGGAUGCAAAACCCCGUCUCCUUAGAUGGAUCUUAUUGUUACAAGAAUUCCAUAUCGAGAUCAGAGACAAAAAAGGGGUAGAAAAUGUGGUAGCCGAUCACUUGUCUCGUCUACCAUGCCAAAAUCUUAAUCAAUUUGAAAACCCAAUCCAAGAUUUCUUUCCUGACGAACAAUUGUUUCAAACAAACACUCAAACUGAACAACUCACCUUUCCAUGGUACGCUGAUAUAGCAAAUUAUCUAGUCGCUAGACAGAUCCCAGAUUAUUGGUCCAAACUAGAUAAACAAAAUUUUUUUAGGAAGGUGGUGACAUUUUUCUGGGAUGACCCGUAUCUGUUCAAAUAUUGUCCUGACCAAAUCAUUCGCAGAUGCAUCCCUAAUCAUGAACAACAAAGUGUCAUAAAUUUUUGUCACACUCUUGCUUGUGGAGGCCAUUUUUCCAUCAAGAAAACAGUUGCAAAAAUUCUACAAAGUGUUUAUUGGCCAACAUUAUUUAAGGAUGUGUACAGAUUUUGUUCAAGUUGUGAUCGAUGUCAAAAACUAGGCAGUCUAUCCAAGAGAAACAUGAUGCCAUUACAACCAAUCCAGGUGUUAGAAGUCUUUGAUUGCUGGGGUAUAGACUUUAUGGGUCCAUUUAUUAGUUCGUUUGGGCAUGAGUAUAUCUUACUUGUUGUUGACUAUGUGUCCAAAUGGGUUGAGGCAAUCCCGACAAGGAGCAAUGACCAUAGGAUUAUGGUGAAAUUUUUAAGGGAAAACAUUUUCAGUCGGUUUGGGAUGCCACGAGCGAUCAUUAGUGAUGGGGGCCCUCAUUUUUGUAACAAGGUCGUGGCAGGUCUCAUGAAAAAAUAUGGUGUGUUGCACAAGAUUUCCACGCCGUACCAUCCCCAAACCAGUGGUCAGGCUGAGCUAGCUAAUAGGGAGAUUAAACAUAUCCUAGAAAAGAUCGUUGCCACCAAUCGCAAAGAUUGGUCUUUGAGAUUAGUAGACGCUCUUUGGGCAUAUAGGACUGCAUAUAAAACGAUCUUGGGAAUGUCUCCAUAUAGAUUAGUGUAUGGUAAACCUUGUCAUCUACCCGUGGAAAUUGAACAUAGAGCAUAUUGGGCAAUUCAAAGAAUCAACAAAAGUUUGACCGAAGCAGGCUUCUCUAGGAAGCUCCAAUUAAAUGAGCUUGAUGAAAUAAGAAACGAUGCAUUUGAAAAUGCACGACUGGCUAAGCUUCGCAUGAAAGAGUUGCAUGACCGACGCAUCAUUAGGAAAAGCUUUCAUGUUGGGCAACAGGUACUUUUGUAUGAUUCUCGAUUGCAUUUAUUCUUAGGAAAAUUAAAAUCAAGAUGGGUUGGCCCCUUCAUAAUCAAGUCCAUCUCGGAAUAUGGGGCUUUCGAAAUUAAAAAUCAAGAGUCAGGGCAAUGCCUUAAGUACUAUCCAUCUCUCCCACAAAAUGAUUUAAAAAAGAUUUAUGCCACUAGGUGUGAAAGACUUCGGAUGUUGAUGUAUAAAAAUAUCCCUGAGGAUAUUCGCUGGUUAAUUGAAGCAAAAGUUCGAUUUCUUGGCGAAAUCUCACCUAGUUUUAAGCAUUUUCCAGGAUUGGGAAAGAGUAGUUUUUCGAAAAAAAGAAGAGCGAAAAGAUUAAAUGGUUGUCACAAAUGUGCUCGAUGGACUUGUAACACACGAUGCAAAUCUGUGGGGUUUACUUCCAUAAAUCGAGAUGAUAAAAUUUGUUUCAUAAAGGAUGGGCUGAGUAAGGAGUCUUUGGAUGAUAUCCGAUUGACUCUUGAGACGCAUCCGUGUGGAAUAGUGCAACGAGAAAUUCUUGCUUUAUGGACCCAGUUUAGAAGUGACCACCAACGCUAUAGUCUUGGGAAUCUGACUAUAAUUGACCCUGUUUGCCAAUCUAUAAGAAAAUUGGAUGGGAAG